AUGUCGAAAUUUUCUAAAUUUCUCUCCUUGGUAGAGGAGGACGAUGGAAUUGGACGUCGCGAGGAGGACUAUCGACAGCAGGCAGACGCGUUUAUAAACGCGCCAAUUUUCACUGCAGCUGUUGACAGAUUCAUCCACACUUCGUCUGCGUAUCUAGGUGGACCUCCAGUUACUCCCGGAACCACCGCACCGUCCUUAUUGACGAACUCUCCAUCGGAAUUGAUUCCUCAGUAUGGACUUAUCGGAAUCAGACAAGAUCUUCCCCAGCAGAAUACCUCGGCAGAGGAGCGUCUCGUCUUCUCUAACAUGAAUACACCUUGGUCCGCUUUCAUCUGUGGUUCUCAAGGAGCGGGAAAAAGCCAUACUGUCUCGUGUCUUCUGGAGAAUGCAUUGAUGGAAAACAAUGCCGCUGGAAAGCUUCCUAACCCGCUGGCAGGAAUGGUCAUGCACUAUGAUCAUUAUGCCAACUACACCACCACACAGAUAUGCGAGGCGGCCUAUCUAUGUUCGUCGGGGAUUCCUGUCACUGUACUGGUAUCCCCUUCGAACAUCUGGGCCAUGAAGCGCUUGUACAAGAACCUGCCUGGUCUCAAGCCUGGUGAUCCAAGACCCAAGGUUCUACCUCUAUAUCUUGAAGAAACACAACUGGAUAUUACAACGAUUCUCAAGCUCAUGGCUGUGAACCCCGCAGCUAAUGAUGCCCCCCUUUAUAUGGAAGUUGUCAUGAAUAUUGCCCGAGAGAUGGCAAUGGAGGGACCCGGUUUCGCCUAUUCGAAAUUCAGAGAGCGGAUCGACGAGGUGGAAUGGGUUAGAGGCCAAACAGUCCCCCUAAACAUGCGCCUCCAACUGCUCGACAGUCUCAUCGCGCCGUCCUCGACGACGAAAUCUACUCGCCCCGCAAGUGCCAAGGACAAUAUAUGGGCGUUUGAACCGGGCUCAUUGACGAUUGUCGAUCUAAGUGAUCCGUUUUACAGCUCCGAAGAUGCCUGCACUCUGUUUUCAAUCUGCCUGUCCAUCUUCCUAGAGCAUCGUAAUAAGUGCGGACGCAUAGUUGUCUUGGAUGAAGCGCAUAAGUUCUUACACCAAUCGGGGGAGGCUAGGGUCCUCACGAACGAUUUGCUAUCUAUCAUCCGACAACAGCGACACACCGGUACCCGAGUAUUGAUAGCAACACAAGAACCGACACUAUCCCCUCAACUCAUCGAUCUAGCGAAUGUGACCAUUGUACAUCGCUUCCUCUCUCCAAGUUGGUACGAAGUUUUGAAGAAGCAUUUAGCUGGCGCUAGAAAACGAAGCGUUGGCGAUGAGGAUUCGCUUUUUAACACCAUAGUCACCCUCCAAACUGGACAAGCGCUACUAUUUUGCCCAACGGCUCAGGUGGAUAUCGAAGAAACGAUUGAUCGUCGUAAGAAAGUCAUAAAGAAUCUGGGUGAAGGCUUUUUCAAGAUCAAAAUUCGCAAACGGGUGACUGCGGAUGGUGGUAGAAGCAUAUUGGCCACCGAUUUGCAGUCCGAGUCUUUAACUAACGGAGGAGCCGCUUAUUCACCAACGGAUGAUGUACCGAUGUUUAUUGUCGCUCCGAGUCAAAAUAGCCGCGACAAGAGCAAGCGAGGGGUUCCGCCAAAGGUCCCAGAACCCCAGCUUCCGGCCCCGGCGGUUACUAAUGGUGUACAACAGCUGAAUGGCAACGUCAAUGGAAACUCGAACGGCAUUCCCAAUGGUCCUUCAUCCCUCCCACCUACGUCGUCGAUGUUAUAUACCCAAACAGCGCCAGCCGUGCAGCCAAAGCCACCUACGCAACCAACCCCCGCGCCUACCCCGACUACUAACCGCGCACCUUCUCUCCAAGGGAUGGGAGACGAGAUAACGAAACAAGCGCGAGCGAUGCUCCUCAAGGAGGCCGACCCCCGAAGAUGGACCGGUUUCACCCGAGAUCAGCGAGACCGAUUGGCUGCCGGAGUCGAGAAAGCCUUGCAGCUUCCGGCGGGUAUGCUUACCAAUAGGCAAUCCUUCACGAAUAUCUUGAUGGACGGGAGCUUGAUUAGCAGCCUUGUAAGUUACUUAAGACAGAGUGUUAACCCAGUCUGAUUCAUUAUAUUCUGUCUCUAGGUGAAAGAGCUUAGAGAGAAGAAGAAAAAUGGUGGCGCUACGCAGCAGUCGGCACGUUAGUUACCGCCGGCUACUGUGGAGAGCGACCGUAGGUACUAUACGACUUCCAACGCGUGGCUCUUUAUGCCGUAUGCGGAUAGGGAUGAUGAUUUACGUGGUGUUGUAAGGCAUAGGCGGUAUGAUGAUGUGGUGUUGAAUUAUUGAGGAUAUCUGGUGGCAUUGUUGAUUGUGCGUUUUUGCGGUGAACUGGUGGUUGCUUUUAGUUGUCGGCCCGGAAGGGAGUAUCUAGGUAAUGAGUAAGGCUACAUGU